CGAAAGUGAGGCGGAGUAAGGUGAGAAGUCCUUGAGUUCCUGCAAACUAACAUGAAAAUUUCUGACUUUUUACAAACCUAAGGCGUCUUUUUGAAGAUGCGGAGACGUCACAAACAAGGUGCUUUGUCGACAAAUGGAAUGCGCUCGAUGUGGGAAUUUGUUUUUGUUUCCCAGUUCCUGCGGGUAUUCCAGGGGAAGUUUGGUUUCGUCUGCUUCACGGCCGAGGAAUUAGAGAAUGCCUUCUUGGAGUCUGAGAACUCGACACUGUUUGGAAUAUUUAUACAACUGCUACGAACUCUACUUCCCAAACGGGAUGUGAAACAAAACACAUGGCAGGAAGUCCUCGAAGUAGAGCUGGAGAGGAGAUCCUCGGACAGGUCUCUCUUCGACGAGGGAAAGCGUUAUGUAGACUUAAAACCCGAGGAUCGUGUGUUGCUGUUGAAACAACUGAUAUAUUAUUUGGCAGACCACCUUGCAGCAAGUAAAGAUGAACAAUUAAAAGAGUUUACAAAGAACUUUUUAAAUCCAGACUCUUCAGGAGUGAAGCCCAUCGGUCGUGAUGCCUCCAAUAAUAUUUAUUGGUACUUUGAUGAUUUGAGACUUUACCGUGAACUCAUUGGAAAGAAGGGUCGCCGAACAGGCUGGGAGACUGUCUGUUUAAAUUGCCAAGACUGGGAGAAGCUUCUGAGCUCUUUUCAGAAGUCAAGCAAUAGUAAUGAGAAAAAGCUGUACAAGUACCUGAAGAAUGAGCUGUAUCCUGCUGUCAUGCCGUCAGUAAAGGAGGAUGAGAAAGAAAAGGAACUGGAGACUUUGAAGAAGGACAGGUCUUCCAAGGCAAAUCAGAAGGCAGCUGCCAAACAAAAAGCAGAUAAUGAUGCAGUAGUUGGAAAAGAAGGCAAAGUGGAGAGAAUAAAGGGGAACAAGCCAGAAGAAGACGACGAUCUCGGUGCCCAGGAAGACCAAGAGGAACAAGAAGACGACACCGCGGAAGAAGACCAGGACGAAGACGACGUUUCGGACGCUGAGCGAGAACUUGAACUCGACGAGGAAGACUCUCCUCGGCCAAGGAAGAAGAGAAAGAGGCCAGCACCUGAACAGGGAACACAAAGGAGGCGAGGGCGACCACCAGCCACCAAAAGAGAUCUGGGUAUUAUGGACGAGAACAAACCUACAGAACGAGCUGAGAGAAGAAGGAAGAAAAGUGAGCUCGAAGAGAAAGUCGAGAAGGACAUGGAGGAACGGAAGGAACUGGAGCGUCGUGUGGAGGAAGAAAUCCAGAAACAGGAAUCUUUCAUCAGUGCCGCGGGAGUGGACUCCAGGACCAAACGGCGCUGUGUGAUUAUGCGAGAACAGAUGAAUAAAAAGAAGGAAUGGUGGGAGGAAGAAGGGCUUGGGUCCGAGUCAGAGGAAGACAAUGAAAAGGAUAUAGAUUCCGAUGGGUCAGAGGGACCCAGGCGUCGCAGAAAGCAAAAAGUUCUAAGGCCAGUGGAAAUUCCCGAACCACCCAAUAGGAUUUACGUGUUUUCUACAAGUCUCGCGAACAGAGCAGCAGAGGCCGUGCAGAUGGGUCGAGUGGAAAAUAUCACUGCUUAUCACAAAGCGCAACCAUCAAGCUCGCCGUUUCUUAAACUGGAACAAACGAACUCAAUGAACAUGUUUGGCAAACAAAAGUCAUUUUAUCCCCAGCAGUUCCCCAUGAGGGGCUCUGGUGGCUCCGUCAUGUCAGGUUACUCAGGAAUUCCGGGCUCUCAAGUGAAUGCGCGGCCAGGUUACGGAGCAUCACAGUGGGAACAUAUGCAGCAGCAGUCACAGCAGCCCCUCUACAAGGAUAGACAAAGACUCCAGACCCAGACACAAGCUAUGGAGGACAUUCAUCAGUUGCUGUUUGGAAAUUCGCAAAGUAGUAGCAAUCAGAGCACAGUGACAGGGAUGAAUGGAAUGUACUCUAGAAGUGGUUUUAAUCAGCAAGGAGCACUAGGAGGGGAACAAUCUCCUUACAGUGGCUAUCCGCGUAGUGGAGCGCCUCAACAUCAGGGUUCUUUUAUGGAAAGGCGGCCUCAGGAAAUGCGUGGGCAAGUGCAACAAUCCCACUUUCCAGCUUUUAGUCAGCAGCAAAGUUCGCAACAGCAGGGAUACUUUCAGAGACCAAGGCAUCUCGGGGGAAUCCAAACGCAAGGAAACUCGAAUUCUCCUUCGUCAGAUCCUUUGGGAGCGGGAGUACGGUCUCCUCCUCCUCCUUACCCAGGAGGGAGAGUACCAGACUCCAGGCAUCCAAAGAACAGUCCCGUGCCUUCUCCAACAAGUACAGGGUCUCCGCACACUCCUCAGACUCCAUUAACACCCCAGACUCCGAGAUUUCCCGGCCCAUCACCCAACGAACCUAGCAAGCCACCAUUCUCACCGUCUCAUCCUCAGAGUAGUAUGAGUGGUCCAGGAAUGGCCAGUUACCCUGUUCAGCCACAGCAGCAUCAAAGUGUGGUGCAAGGUGACGACAGGCCGAUUAAUUCUCAAACUCGGCCAGGAUUUAUUGAACUUUCUCCAAAGACUCUACCGCACGGAAUGCAGAAUCCUUACACAUCCGUUAUGGGUAAUUAUAAUCAGUCUCAUUCACCUUUGGAUGGUCGUAGGCUUGAAGAAAACAAGUCACCUGCAUUCGGUGCACCUGGUAAUCACCAUAGCCCUCUGCACUCGCCCACCGAGCAUGCGCCUACCGCUGGCUCUCACUAUAGCAGUGCACCUCCUAACAAGAGCCCUUUUUUGAGACCAGUCGGUCAAACCUCACACAAUCCGCACAGUCCAUAUGCAACAUCAUCUUCCGUUUCCAUUCCAGGGUCCAAGUCAUUUUCAGUGGAGAGUCUAACUGCGCCAAGCCAGCCUCCUUUGGAUAAAAGUACCAUUCCUCCAUCACAAUUAUCUGAACAACCCAUGCCUCAAUACAGUGGGCUAUAUUUUCCAUCGAAUAAGUACCCUCCGAUGUUUGGUCAGCCACAGUACCAAUAUCCUAGUCACAUACAGCACCCUGGAGCAUUCUACAACUCGCAGCUGACACCCAACAUGUACCUUGGAAGGGCUUCUCUUCCCGUGUACCCUCCAAAUAGAGACUCUGGUCUUUAGUCCAGGUGGUUUGAGACGUAAUGUUUGUUGAUUAUCGUGUCAUGAAAUGUUUCUCGAACGAGAAAUCCCAAACAGUGAAGAAUGGUGACACAAAGUGAUUUCUGUUUGUAUACUUGAAAGGGGCCUCGUGGAGGAGAUCGAAAAACCAGUUGUUCUAAAAUACGAGAACAGUAAUUGUGUGACAAGUAGUGAGAUUUCAGAGCUGAAAAGUUUGCAGCUUCGAAUUUGUUGGUUUGCCUUUGUUGGCAGGCAAAGCAAAGUAAAUCACAAAUGCAGUUUAACUUUAGCCAAGGGAAAACAACUGGGGCAAGACUAGGAGGCCGUUAAUUAUCUGGUAGGCUUUAAGUGAAAGCUUUAAGAGGACAGUGGAAUAAAUACCUUCUUGGACUCCCCCUCGCAGGAAAACAAGCACUGCGGAGUAGCAUGACCACAGUAAUCCGAAGCUAAAACUAAAAAGUACCUGUGUUAUUGAUUUACACCAACUGGCACACUGCAGUAGGAUCAGAUACCUUCCAAGCUCCUAGUCCUGAAUUCGAAUUUACUGAAAACUGAUGAAGGAACAAUGUUAUAGACCGCUUGUGAACACACAAAUGUAUCUUAUUCAGCUCUCCAGUUGGUUGAUGAUUUUCACCAUGUCCCUUUGUUGUAAGUAGAGCGAUAGUCUGAAGAUAAAAAAGGUUGUUUUUCUAGAGCGUUAAAAGUAAAUUAAGUUCAUAAGCAUCCGUUCAUCUUUUGACAUAAUGGUAGUAACUUGACUGGUAACAAGCAGUCCUUAUGAGGGUAACGACAAUCAAAGUCAUAUAUUUCAGAAAACUAAAGCAUCUAGACUAUCCUGAAAACAUUUUCAUUCUUUCACUCGUGAAUCGGUUGUAACUUUGCAGCUUAGAAUUUGGUCCAAGACACACCCUUAGGCAACAUUUUUUUCUCUUUUUUUUACUGUUAUUUUCUAUACGCACCUUGUUGUAUCGGUUAGUUUGUUAUCCAUAAUAACCCUGUACAAGUUCGUGGUUUGUUCUUUGUUAAUCGUUUAAGCUGAAUUGUAUGUGUUACAAUGAAGGAGAAUGUAAUGUGAAAUGUUUUUGAUUAUUCACGAACUAACGAGGUAAUGAAGGUAAGCAAAUUAAAUCACCUUGCAUAAAAAAGCAAAGUGGUGGAGGAAACUAGAAGUUAGCUUUACUUUGGGCAAACUUGAACCUUUCAUUGAAAAUUUUUUUCAGAGCGAUGAUAAUUUUUUAAGUCACAGAAAUUCCUUUAAUGCCGCAAAUCGCUCUUAACUCCUUAAGUUGCGUGUCAAGGGAAAUACGAAAUUUCGAAAAAUGUGAGAUGUGCCAAAGUUAAUAAGCGGCUUUUAAACCACAUGAUGCUUUAAAUUUGCUUCCUUCAAGCGUUGUCAAAGGCAGUUAUUUGUUUGGUCAGCUAGUCCAGCUGUACUAUACUUUUCCGCGUUUGUCAAGAAACGAUCUCCCUCAUUCAAAGCUGAGAAAAUUUUGAAAGGUCAACGCUUUCCUCAAGCAGUGAAGGAGCUCUUUGUUUGCAUUUUGAACCUUGAAGUGUCGAAUAGUUGCACAGUUUUUACCCUUCAACACUAUUACCUGAGUGAAUUCAGUGCCAAAAUAAUCGACGGGCACUUUCAUACACAGUAAAAAUUAUUCUUAGAUUAAAGGAAGCAAAUCUGGUAAAUGUACUUCUGAUAGAAAACUAGAAAACUUAGGGAGUUUUUCUUUUUGCAUAGCGAUGAAAAUAGUUGCUCAGUUCGUUGGAAGUAAUCAGAGACAGACGAAAUUCUUCAAUUACUUCCGAUCAGAGGCAGUGUUCGUUCCUUGUAAGUGGCCCUCGUUUCACUAUGUUUGGUUGGUUACCGUUGAAUUGGAAGUGAUUACCAGGUAGUUCUUGGCACUUAUCAAGCUAGUAAAAGGCAGAGUUUUUAAUUUUUAGCUUUUAGCUAUUUUUAGUGUUUACCAACAAAGGUAGUCCAUGAAUCAGAUGAUUAAUCAUUCAUACGAAUUCUCGUUCCUCGACAGACAGGACUCGGACUGUUCCGUUAUGUAGUGAACUGUUUCUAAACGAGUGUAGACAGAUUUUAUAAUCCAUGUAACGAUGGCUUGUGUAAAGGGAUAUGAAAAGCUUUAGUAAAAAUGGCCUCGGGUUUUAACGAUGUAGCAAACUGCCACAAUUUAUAUGGUGUAUCUUUAACGAAAUGUUUUUCCAGGCUAAUCACUUUGGUGUAUAUAUUUUUCAACAUACUGUUUGAUAUUUUAUGACAAAAUUCACCAACACUUUCUGUAGCCGGUGAAUCAUUAAUCGGCUAUCGUCUCAGUAUUCGCGUAUUAUUUUAAACGUCACUAAUGUAAGUUGGUGUAUUCGUUCAGAGAUUAAACUCCAAGUAUGUAACAACA